AUGCAAUUAUUUAAUAAAAGAAACUUAGGUGGAAAUUUUAAGUAUUUGGUAAAAUGGAAGGGUCGACCAAAAUGCGAAAGGUUAUGGGAAAAGGCCAAAACGUUAAAUAGCGCACGGGUUCGGGAGUACGAAAUAAAGGUAAAAGAUUUAUAA